AUGAGCAAUGGGAAUUUGGUCACGUUGGACGAUGUCAACUAUUAUACGGGUAGUCCUUCUGUGUCGAAAAUUGUUUCUGUCGGGUUCAAUUCAAACUACUCCAAUGCAGACGUUUUCCCCAUCACAAUCAUUCGGACAGACGAAACAAUGCUCACAGGCGACAUUCUGCGAGAUGUAAUUUCAAACUAUUCGUCCUCGGACGAUGUUUUCCAGCCUGGGUUUCUAAAUACAAUCUUCCUGGAUUACGACGGACAUAGUCAUGGCAAGAUUGACUCGUCUAUUCACGAAGCCUUGCAGGGUAUGAACAAUGAAGUUAUUCUGGCUUCGCCUGCAUAUACAUCCGAAAUGCCUAUUAGAGCAGCCAAACUGCACCGUGAUAUCCCCAAGGGUCCAUAUUUCUUUUCGCCUUCCACGGGGGAAAUCUAUCAGGCAUUCCGACUCUAUUCCGACCAUCAGCUCGCUUUUACCGAGGCCACCAUCAGUGACGGAAAGGAUGGGUAUAAGCCUCUACCGGCUGUGACAGAGGGAGCUAUGACAAAGAGCGUCGCUGUGCCAUCCCGGCUGUACUAUACACCCACCUCAGAGAAGCCACUUUUGGGGUUGCGACUAGGCGUCAAAGACAUCUUUGAUUUGAAGGGCUUGCGAACCAGUGGUGGCAACAGAGCUUUCCACGAUCUCUAUCCACCACGAAACGCUACUGCCCCAGCAUUACAGCGCCUGAAAGAUGCGGGUGCUAUCAUUGUGGGAAAAAUGGGUACCGUGCAAUUUGCCAAUGGCGACAACCCGACCGCUGAUUGGGUUGACUUCCACUGCCCAUUCAAUCCGAGAGGAGAUGGCUACCAAGCUCCCGGUGGCUCCUCAUCAGGACCAGGGGCCGGAAUAGCUGCCUAUGACUGGCUGGAUAUUGCUGUGGGAAGCGACACUGGUGGCUCUAUGCGCCACCCCGGUGGAAUGCAGGGCGUCUAUGCAAACAGACCCUCUACUGGAGCGAUUGCUCUCGACAAUGUCCUUCCUCUUUGCCAUGCACUUGAUACGGCAGGUGUCUUUGCACGUGAUGCUGUAACAUGGUCAAAGGUUAUGCAUGCAUGGUACCUCAACUUUGCAGACUACAGACAAUACCCGAAACGGAUUUUCUAUCCCAUGUCCUCAUUUCCAGAUGCAAGCACCGAGGCUGGGUCGCUCCUUGAGAACCUUGUAGUCAAUCUCGAGGAAUUUCUUGGUACCAAGCGGGAACCUGUCAACGUCUACUCCCAUUGGAAGAAGACACAUCCGUCAGAAGGUCCGGCGGAUAUAGCAGAAUUUUUAAAUACAACAUAUGCCGUUCUUACAUCCGUCGAUCAGUAUCGCUCCCUCGCAUUGCCAUUCUACGCAGACUAUGCAGAGAAGCAUGACGGUCGUCGACCAUUUAUAAAUCCCGGACCUCUAGUGCGAUGGGCCUGGGGUCAACAGAAUGGAGGAAAUGCAGCCUACGAGGUGGCCAUAAAGAACAAAACCAUCUUCGAGCACUGGUGGGGAUCAGAAGGUUUCGGAAAGAAAGACAAGCACACCUGCUCUGAGGGAAUCUACAUCUAUCCCUACACCAAAGGAGAGACACAAUAUCGAAACGUCUACUAUGACGCCCCAACUGAUCCUCCGAUGGGCUUUAAGGAUGGUCGUAUCUCCAUCAUGGGUAGCGUUCCUGACCUGGUAGUUCGCGUCGGGGAGAUCCCUUACAACUCUACUGUGACACUAAAGACGGAGUAUAUGCCAGUGACUAUGAGCUUUGUUGCAGCCAGGGGAUGUGACUUGAUGCUGGUGAACUUGAUAGAGAAGCUGGAGAAGGCGGGUGUUUUGAAGCCUGUCAGUACAGGUCCGAUGAUGUAUCCCGCUUAG